AGUUCGAUCUGUGAAAAUGUAACGGCGCAGAAGAGGUUAGUGAAAAAUAGGGGUGGUCUGACAUUAAUAUGUGAACAGGGCCACUUUCUACUGGUCAGAGCGGCUCGUUUAUUAUAUCGUGGGCGUUGAUCGAGGAGGUGUGUAUCAUGAAUAAUGUAUAGCCCCGCCCUUCAGUGCCGUUCCCCCGUGAGAGGUGAUGUCACGAGCGCUGCCCGUGUACGUUCCAGCUGACUCUUGCUACGAUACCAAGCGCUCGCUUUACCGAGUGCCUGAAGAAAGAGAGGGAAAAAGAGAAAGAAAGAUAGAGGUUGCGGAGGUUAGCUAAAAAAUAAUAACGAGAGAGGAAACAACAAAGAGGGCAGAGGAAUAAUAACAGCCAUCUCACCGCUCACGUUUAAUUGUUUAUUAUAUUCUGAAGAGAGGACCCAUUUUUUAUUUGCACAGGGAGUUUUUUCCAGCUCUCUCUUGAUUCGAUUCAGUCUGAUAUUAUAGUUUACUCGCAGUUUCCUGCCGACAGUGGGACUCAGUAGUGUUUCUGCCUCCAUGGACGCCCGUCUAAUUCAACUCAUUCGUUUUUUCGGGGAAUAUUUCUGUCCUGGACGCGAGGAGCACCAGUUUAAUACGAUGACAUACGUCGACAAAUGAGCUGAACUGAACGCCAAACAAUCAGCAAAAUAUUUUUUAAAGGGAGCCAUUGCGUUUGAAGAGGAUGAAGUACAACUCCUGCAUCUUUCUCACUUGAGCGGACCAAACAGAACGUCAGUCCACUUCAGAUUCCUAAUGGGAACGCAUUAGGGCUUUGAAUUCGAAUUCAAAUGCUCAUGAACUUUCAUACACCUACCCCGGUUCGCUCAACUGCCAAACUCUUGUGUUUUUGUACAUUUCUACAUUUGAUUGAAACACUUGAUUCAGUCAACCAGCUCAACUGUCCAGUGAUCUGAAAAGUUAUUAACUGGUUAAACCUGGACUAGGUGUUACACUGAGGAAUGUCCAGGCCAAUUUCUCAGCUAUUGCCACCUGACCUUCCCCCAGGGACCAGUCCACAGCUCGGUCCUGCUAACCCUGCAGGUACCACCACCAAUGGCCACCUGAAUAAUUCCAUGGCCAGUCUGAAAUCUCUUCUACAGCUGCCUAUUAAAGGGGACCAGAGAGUGAAAGACUGCUGUGCUGAGAUGAAAGAUAAAGACAAACCUCUGGACUCUGAUGAGGAUUCAUUGGGUGGAGUUGGGGGCAUGAAUGGUGGGAACGGCACCCUGCGUUCCACUAACCAGUCCGCCUUCCUCGGCCCAUUGCUAUGGGAGCGUACAUUGCCGUGUGAUGGCGGCCUGUUCCAGCUACAGUACAUGGACCUGGAGGAGUUCUUGACGGAGAACGGGAUGGGGUGCAUGCCGUCGGGAAACACCUGCAGUACGGCCGCUCAGGUCCCUUCCCAGAGCACGCAAUCGGCCGUACCCUGCCAGAGUUCCCAGUGCCCACCUUCUUCCUCUCCGCCCUGCUCUUCCUCCGCCUCCUCCAUCUCUUCCCUCUCUUCAUCGUCUUCAUCAUCCUCUUUACUGGGUCUGGACGUGCCACAGGGCCCUGGACUGCUGGGAGGUCCAGAGUGUCUGCAUGGGGCUCAAACUGUACCACCUGACCCUUCUCCGAGCCCCUCCUGCCCACCUCCGCCGGUGGUGCCACCCACCAAUGUGGCUGAUGUCAUGGUGAACUUUGAUCCUGACCCUGCUGACCUCGCCCUGUCCAGUGUGCCAGGCCAGGAGGCGUUCGACCCGCGCAGGCAUCGCUUCACAGAGGACGAGCUGAAGCCUCAGCCCAUGAUCAAGAAGGCCCGCAAAAUGCUGGUGCCAGAUGAGCAGAAGGAUGACAAGUACUGGAGCCGACGCUAUAAAAACAACGAAGCAGCAAAGCGUUCUCGCGAUGCCCGCCGACUGAAGGAGAACCAGAUUUCAUUCCGAGCGGCGUUCCUGGAACGGGAGAACGCCGCCCUUCGCCAGGAGGUCGCAGAUAUGCGGAAAGAGCUGGGCCGCUGUCGCAACAUCAUCAGCAAAUACGAGAGCCGCCACGGAGACUUAUGAAGAAAAGAAAGAAAGAACACACAGAAGAGAAAGACACAAUUACUGAUUUUGAAAUAGCGUUUCAAGGGCUGUUCGACUCAUCCUGGAAUGGCAUUUUCUCAUAGCGUUUGCUUCAAAUAAGCACUACGAUACUCUGUUCACUGAUUUACAUUUCUUUCCGGACGAGCAGGGAUAGUUUUUGAAUUAGCUGGUGUGGUGCUUGGUUGAAACAAAUACUUGAAAAUUGUGGUUCAAAGUUGAACAGCCCCAGCGUGAGGGAUGUGCACAAGGUCUACCUGGACUAUAAGCACAAGCGCAGUUCAUAAGCAUCGGUUCUUCUCCUACGAUACACCGCAAACCUUGACUGAGGAUGUGCAAUCCAAUCUCUCAUAAUACUCACGGAUCAUUUAUAAUGUCACGUAGCCCUUGUGAACAUCCUCUUUCUAUAAUGGGAUGAUUUUCUCAGAGAGAGAACUAUACAGGAGGUGGUAGAGAUGUAAUUUUUUUCUAUGACAAAAAACACAUUGUAUAUUUUUGAACUUUUAGGGUCAGCUAUAAUAGAGUAGAUGAAGAGGCGGAGGAGGAACGCGGACGGCGGCGAGAGCACAAAAGAGAUUUUGACAUAGGAAAACUGUAUAUUUUUAUACUUGCAGAAGCAGGCAGGCGAUGAGAUUUUGGAAAUAGUCGUUUUUGUAUAUUUUAUAUAUGGGUGGGAUGUUGUGGGGAGCUGGACCGAAAGUCAGGAGCGUUAUCUUUAAAAGAUAUGUUUUCAACAUCAGGGGCAGUCAGGCUGGUCAGGAAGAACAAGACUAAAGGGACGAACGUCAAUAAGAGUUGCGAAAAGAAACGGAUCUGAUGAGAAACUAAAAAUAGCAAACAUGAAAACUGUAUAGUUUCAAAUUUUUCAUCAUGGAUUUGUUCAAGCACUUGUUUUGGUAUCUUUGAUUUCUUUUCUUCAAAUUCAGUGUGUGUGUUUG